UGGCUACAAAUGACCGGUAAAUCAUGCGAUAUUUUUAGUGCAGGGGAAAAGCGAUAAAGAACAAAGAAAAUAUACUAAUGAAUUCACGAAAAAACAAGUACUUUAGUCCUAUACAGGCGACGUCUAGGCGACCAUUAACACAGAAUUAUAAAAACAAUGUCAAACCAUCGAUGAUGACGGCGAAAGUCGGUCUAAGACAAGGUGAAGAGGAGAAUGAGAAAAACAUUAACACCGGCCCCAUCAUAAUUCUUGGCUUGAUAUUUGCAUCAUCUGUUGUAGCAAUGCUAUUUGUGUACUGGAGUUUUCCACAACUAGAUCCAAAUGACAGAGCUAAAAUCAAGCUCCCAAGAAAUAUGGAUGAUGCUAAAGGUCUGGGGAGAGCCUUGUCAAACUACACUGAUGAAUAUUUCACACAAGUCUUAUUAGGAUUCAUUGUUGUCUUCAUCUUUUUACAAACAUUUGCUAUCCCAGGAUCCAUAUUUGGGAGCAUUCUGUCAGGAUUUUUGUUUCCAUUUCCUUUGGCUUUAUUUGUAGUGUGUUUGUGUUCAAGUGUUGGGGCAUCGUUUUGCUAUUUAUUGUCCUAUCUGGUUGCUGGAGGAUUAGUCAAACAUUAUUUCCCUGAAAGGGUGGAGAAGUGGUGUACACAGGUGUCUCACCACCAGGAUGACCUCCUCAGCUAUAUCAUCUUCUUGCGCAUAACACCAUUCUUACCCAACUGGUUCAUCAACAUCACAUCUCCUGUCAUCGGUGUGCCACUUAUGCCUUUCUUUAUUGGGACAUUCAUAGGUGUAGCUCCCCCCUCGUUUGGGUUCAUCAGUGCUGGGGUGGAGCUGUACGUGCUCUCCACCACUGGUGAUCUGAUUUCAGGAAAGUCCAUCAUGAUCGUCAUUGUCUGUGCUAUCAUCUCUUUGCUUCCUGUUAUAUUCAAACGACAACUGAAAAACAAACUCGAAUAGUUUAAUUAUCCUUUUUAGCGCGUUUCCUUUACGAUAUGUUCUCUAUGCAGAAAUAUGAUGUUCUUUCUUGGCUAAAUGUAAAAAAAAUGUGAAUUAUUUAUUCGAAUGCUGUGCUUACACAAAUGUCCACUGUACUUUGCAUCAUUCAUUAAAAAAUACUUAUUUUAGGCUUUCUUUUACCAAAUGCAGGAAAUUGAAAGUAUUUAUUUUAGUGCUAUGUGGUACACUCCAGAACCAAGUAAGCGAGGCCACCACGAGGCCAGUCGUUACCACAAACAUUUGAGCUUGACUCUUUUUUAAAUGAUACAUAGUAGUACAAUAACUUAAUGACAAAUUGUUCGGUUGUAGUAUGAAUACAACACGAGUCUAUUCUUCCAGUCAAACAAAAUUAAAUAUUUUAAAAUUGA